AUGAAGGCGGCUGUCACCCUCCUGCUGCUGCUUUUUGCCACAACCCAUGCUGAACACCGAGGUAGAGCGUAUGUCCGGGACAAAGUAUGCCAAGAGUUCAAAACCAUGGGGAAGGAUGACUUCCGAACCCUGACCCUCAUUAUGAACAGCAGGAAGUUCUCCAAUGCCACCUUCGAGGAGAUCAGCCACCUCGUGCAUGAGAUUGUCUCACUGGCAGAGACCUGCUGCACCGAUGGCGCUGACCCCUCCUGCUAUGAUGCUGGGUCUUCAGCCCUGUCGGCCAAGUCCUGUGGCCCCGACUCGCCCUUCCCUGCCCACCCAGGGACGGCCGCCUGCUGUGUCCACCAUGGCCUGGAGCAGAAGCUGUGCCUGGCUGCCCUGCAGCAUCCACCCCGCCAGCUGCCCCACUACAUUGAGCCCUCCAACGAGGAACUCUGCCAGGCCUUCAAGAAGGACCCCAAGGACUUUGCUGACAGGUUCCUGUACGAGUACGUCAGCAGCUACGGCCAGGCACCCUUGCCUGUGCUCCUGGGCUCCACCAGGAACUUCCUCUCCAUGGUCUCCACCUGCUGUAUAUCCCCAGCACCCACCGUCUGUUUCCUGAAGGAGAAACUGCAAAGAAAAACCCUCUCCCUACUCACACUGAUGUCAAACAGGGCUUGCUCCCGCUUCACGGUAUAUGGGAAGGACAAAGUGAAGUUCAGCUACCUGACCAUGCUUGCCCAGAAGAUACCAAGUGCUUCAUUUGAGGACCUUUCUCCUCUGGCAGAGGACGCGGCCGAGGUGUUCGCCCAGUGCUGCGACUCGGUGGCUGAGGACUGCAUGCAGAAGAAGUUAUCGGAGCACACUGCAAAGGUCUGCGCCGCACUGUCGACCAAAGAUGAAAGGUUUGCCGACUGCUGUGCAGGAAAAAACAUCAUGCAAAACUACUUCUGCAUCUCCACCUUGAAACCGGCCACAGCCCCCAAAUUGCCUGAGCUGCAGAAGCCGACCAACAAGCACUUGUGUGGUGACAAUGGGGCCCUCCAUGCCAGAAGGUACAUGUUUGAACUGUCACGGAGGCACACCAAUAUCCCUGAUGUCUUCCUUGGCAAACUGUACGAUGCAUCUGAAAACGUCAUCAGGGAGUGCUGCUCUGCCAAGGAUGCCUCUGCCUGCCUUGACAGCAAGCGACAGCAAGUGGGAGGAGAGCUGCCCACCUUCCUGGAAAACGCCAACCAGUUCUGUGGACAGUACAAUGAGAUGAAUUUCCUCGACUUCAAGAAGAGGCUGAGGGACAGCAUGAAGCAGACUGUGCCAGAAACCAGCCCUGAGCUGCUGACACAGCUGGUGGAUCAGAGAGCUGAUUUCGCUUCCACGUGCUGCCCAGCAAACUCGCCAUCGCUUCAUUGUGCUGCACAGGUGACCGCAUACCUGGAAAGUGCAUGCAAGCAGGGUUCCUGUGUGCUGAUUUAG